UUUCCACCCACACACAGGUAGAUACAGGUGCACACCUAACUCAUCAAGCGGAAGAAGAGAGUGAAAAUGUGAACUUCACACGGUCUUGUCUACUGAUUUGGCUUCAUCUACAGUUUGCUUCUCCCACUCUCCCCUGCACCUGCAUCCGGCUGAUGGUGGUGUUUGACAUGACCUCCUCCUGUGUUCUUCGUGGUGUCAUCUUCAUGAUCAUCUCCAUAACUACACCUGUAUCAGCUGUUACUACAGUACGGGUGAAGUUUAAUCAGUCUGCUGCUCUGCCAUGUGAACGGACCUGUUCUCGUGAGGCCAAAUGGAGAUUGUCCAGUAACGAUCAUGUAGUGGCUCAGUGUGAUCAGAUAUCCUGCUGGUCAGAGGAGGGAUUUAAAAUGUCCCAUGAUGAGUACCUGAAGGGAAAUCUCACCCUCACCAUCCCUGCAGCUGAUUUCAGUCAGAGGAAACUGUACACGUGUCAGUGUGAUGGCAGAGACAUUAAAGAUGUGCAGCUCGUAGUCGACAAACUGAUCUCAUUAGUUCAGCUGAAGCCUGGUGAAGAUCUGCUGCUGGAUUUGCACGUAUCAGAGCGAGUGGAGGUGAUCUAUAACCACAGAGAUUCAGAUAAACAGAUCUGCAGUGUGGACAGAAGCUCACUCCACUGUACAGCUGAAUACACCUCGAGAACAUCACUCACUAACACGGUUCUCACACUGAGAGGAGUCCGGUCGACUGAUGGGGGAGUUUACAUCGUCCGAGAUCCGGAGGAGAAGGAAGACCUUCAUAUUUACACAGUCAGUGUUGAAGCUCCAGGACCAGAGUGUGGUGUACCAGUGUGGGCGAUUGUACUGGUGGUGCUGCUGCUGCUGGUGGUGAUUGUUGGCACACUGUAUGUGAAGCGUGUAAUCCUGAGGAAGCAAAGACAACAGCAAAGAGCAGACUUGAACAGCCUGCCAGAGACAGAACGGCUAAACACGGGGACUUCAGAAGAUCAUUUCAUACAGCAGGCUAAUAAUGGAGGAGAAAGAAGGCAGAUGGCUACAGCUGUAAACGGACCCAUAGGGCGGUUCCGCAUAGGACUGGCAGAGUUGCCUGAUGUCCUACAAAUGGACAGUAGAGCAGAGAGUGGGCAGAGAUCAAACAGCUCCACAGCAGUUCACAACUGGGUGAAAGUGCCACAUAAGUGCAAACGGUCCAACUCUAGGAAAGAUGAACAAAGCUUGAGUGGUGGAGCAUGGACAUCAAGCCUUCUUAGCUCAAACAAAGCAGCUUCUUAAUUGAUCACACCUGGUUGCUACCUUUACAAAUCUCCCUCUUGUGGAGCUACGGUGUCACUUAAAGGACAAACAGCACCCCACGUCCAUACAAAUCCACACACAUACAAUACUCACUCAACCUCAUAGCCCAACCAUUCUAAAGCACAAACAGAAAUUUAAUUAAAUCUUAUAUUCGUAAAUAACAUAAAAUACAAAUGAAAACACAUUUAUGUAAGUUUUACUCAAGAGAAUAACAAAACACCUACAAAGACUAGUGUGGUCCGUUACACAUACAAAGAAAGAAAACGAGAAAUUGAGAAAAAAUAAUAAAAUGACACAGAGCUAAGACAUUACAAAACACCGCACAUUGUUCGAAAAAGGAGUGGGAAGAAGUACAAUACUUUAUACAAUAUAAAAAUAUACAAUAUAAAGUGUUUUUAUAUUUUAUAGUGUGUAUAAUGUAGUGUUUAUACACACACUAAAAUAUACAAUGUAAAGUGUUUAUAUUUUAUAGUGUGUGUAUAAUGUGAAGUGUUUAUAUUUUAUA